AUGGUGAAGCAGAAGGGGCGUCAUCUUGAUCCUUUUACGCUUAUGGAUUCAACGCACGAAGAAUACUGUUGUGAUUUUUGUGAGAUGCCCAGGAACCCAAUGCAUCCAAUGCUUCCCAAAAUGUACUUUAAUAGGUGGACUAAUGAAUUGAGAUCAGCCAUUGGAGAGAUAUCUGGCAAGGUAGAUUUUGGAAAUGCCCACGUAAGUGAUUCUGAUUCAGAACAAGAUGAGGAAGCCAUAAAAAGAAGCGGUGUCAUGCAGAACCUCUAA